AUGGCGACCACCAAAACCCAAACCCAAACCCAAACCCAACCACCUUCACCAUCUGCGUUAUCAACCCUCAUAUCCUCGGCCGGCGCCAGAUCGGCAACGGACUCACUCCCUCUAGAGAUCCUACAUAAUCUCCAACAUCAACACAACUGGACUGACCUCAAACUACAUCCUGUAAAAAUCAAAGUCAAUGUCACCGACAAUGCCAACGUCACGGCCAAAGACAACGACAACGACACCGACAAUGACAGCCUCUCCGACACCGACAUGACCAUCAGUCAGGGACUAGGUAUCGUCAACAUCGUCCCUUCAUCUACGUCUUCAUCAACUCCCUCAGCCUCAGUCUCGCCCUCGUCUUCAACGCCCUCACGAACCAAAAAACCCAUCACCGCAACCGCACCCACAGCAGCCACAACCACCACCACCACAACCAUUAACAUCACUCUAAUAUCCGGUCUCCCGCCUCGACACAGCUACGUGCACCCCGAUCUUCAGAACUACCUCGUCAAGAACAAGAUCGAGGACUCGUCACUGCCCGUCCAGCGCGAAUUCGUUCUCCCCUUGUCUCUCAACGAGACGUGGACGCUGAGCCGGUUCUGCGGCGUGUUCGACCACCUACCGGACCGCGACCCCGUGGUCGUUGCCGCUGAUUUCAAUGCCGUUCCACCAUCCAGCCACGACGGAAAUGCAAGGCCACCGCAGCCGCAGCCGCCGCAGUCAGGACGGAGUGGGACAGGCACUACGACCGCCAACGGCACCGUCCCACGAACGACUGGCAGGUCAACGACGACGGCGUACGAACACCGAGACCAGAAACGUGUCUUGCUGGGCAUGAGGGCCAAGACGGGCGUGGGCGGCGAUGGCACAAUUGUAUAUUAUAUCAUGCAGGAAGGCGAGGUGAAGCCUCGACAGAACGGAUGA